UGGAGGAACGCGUCGGCCGUCCGGCUUACCAAAACGCCGACUCUCUCUUGGAUAUAGCUUGCCUAGCUCCUAAAAUAUCCGAAUUCUUCAAAGGAUAGGGUAUUGCGGCCGUCACUCACUUCCUUAUUGUCAGCCGUUAAACGGUUACUUAUAGCAGGACCGCUGGUAUCGUAAAUGCAAAAUAUACAGCAACCUCUUACACCUAGCAUGGCUCUAAUAUCGGACUUAAGAGCACACCUUCUGCGAUUAUAUACUAGCUUUACGACAACGAACACCGCAGUCAGCACUCCAGCAACUGUUAAAGGCGAGCCUUCCAAGUGCCGCUACCGUCUUGACAACGAUUGCUCGGAUACCUUUACCCUCCCAGACGGACGAAAACUCGGUUAUGCGCAGUAUGGUUUGCAGACGGGACGGCCUAUCCUUUACCUACAUGGCAUUCCGGGCUCUCGCAUCGAGGCUGCCCAGUUUCAUGACCUAGGCCUUAAAUUAGGCGCCCGCAUUAUCGGUGCUGACAGACCAGGGAUAGGUUGGAGCUCACCGCAUCCCAGUCGAAUACUCCUUGAUUUUCCGAAGGACUUAGAACUCCUUGCGAAGCACCUGGAGCUGGAUGAGUAUGCUGUACUGGGCAUAUCAGGAGGUGGUCCAUAUGCACUUGCUUGUGCGGUGUCAUUACCUCGCGAGAAACUCAAGUGUGUUUCGAUCGUCUGUGGCCUGGGACCGCCUGACAUAGGUAUGAGUGGCGCGAGAUGGCUAAAUUGGCUUGGAUUCACACUGGGGUAUCGCUAUGCCCCCUCGUGGGCUAACAGGUGGUUUUGGCAAAGGCAGCCAAUUGGACGAUUGGACCUGACUGACGAAAAGCGUCUAGAGCUCUUGCUGCAAUCUGCAUCAGGUUCCAUCGGGGCUCAUGAGAAGGACCUCGAGGUUAUGAAGGAUGAGGAUUUUCUCCGAUUAAUUUUGCGAUCGACACGAGAAAGUUUCGCGCAGGGGUAUGAUGGGAUAGGGCAGGAUGGCAAGGUGAUGUGCAUGGACUAUGGCUUUCGAAUAGAGGACAUUCGUGCCGACCUACCUGUGCAACUGUGGUACGCAAAGCACGAUGUUUUCGUUCCACUCAAUCACGGUAAGCAGAUAGCCGCACGGUUGGGUGGUAGAGGGCAUCUCCGAGUAGAAGAUGAAACUCACUCAAGCAUUGUCGUAAACUGGAGGAAAGAAAUAUUGGAAGAUUUGGUCAGGAGCGCGUAAGGCAUGGAAAAAGGUUGUAUUUUAGUACUAGGAGCUUCGCAUCUCAGCCGAUCUAGUUGAAAAGUCGAUACUUCUCUCCGCUCGACAAGAGAAGGUUCUAGACACUUUGGCAGACCUAUAAAACAGAAAGGAACUAAAAUGUACCCA